AUGAUAUCAGCCUCUACGCGAGCAGAGCGGGGAUUUAGUUGCGAUACAACCGCAAAGUCGAGGCAGUACACAACCUGCACUGCGAGAAGACGGUGGCGACGGCAACAAGGGAACAGCUCGAGUGAUUCUCGUGAGAGGGGCAGACACGGUGGAGAGAGUGCACCGCAGACAGUAGCGAAGUUGGAGAGAGCAGGCUGCCAAGAUAAGGACAAGGAUGACGACUGGGCACCCAAAGCGAACCGCCUCUUUUCGGUAUAUCCGACCACAUCCUGA